ACAAUUUGCCAGAAAACCACAGUUUUAUGAGAAACAGACCAAAAAUGUGAGGGGAAAAAUAUGGGCAUUCUUCGAAAAAUCUGUACAGUUGACAUCACAUGUACUCAGCUGACUGCAUAACGUCGGGCUCGUGUAGCCCCACGGGUACUGAAUUCCUUGUGACUAGUAGGUGCUGAAUGGAUUCCUUGCUUUCUAGCUGUCAUAUCAAUCAGCGUGUGGUAACCCUUCGCACUGUAACCCGGAAGAAGUGGGAGUUCCACCAGGGCUGUUUACGGUAGUGUUUCUGUGUCAUGCUUCGAUUUCGGGCACUUUGCACUACUGGGUUCUUAACCCAACAAAUGUGCCAAAGGUCGGGUUGGCACAGAAAGUCGGAUCUCCUUCGGCCAUUUCUGUCGUCUGUCACCCUUUCACAGUUUAAACAACCAGUGGCAGGUUUAGGUAUGGAUGAGCUGCUCUCUAGUGUCGUACCAUCUUUAGGUACAUAUGAGACCCGAGAUAAGAACCCCCCACCACGUGAAUCGCAGAUCUUGGAGUUCAUGCGGUAUUACCGGGACCUGGCCUCGCAGGACAAGUCGGUCCUGUUGGAGAAGUUGGCUAGCGGGUACGGUGCAGAUCACGAACUGGUAGCUGACGUGGGUACACGUCUGUUGGACAGUCUGCAGAGGGACGCGGCCACUGUGUUACAAAUAGAAGACAGGCUGCGGUACUAUUUAACUCCUCGUUACAAGGUUCUGCUAAACUACCUCAGUAGGUUGGAAGGUGGGGUGAAGUUUUUGGUGGAUCUAAGGGCAGAUGCUUUAGACAUUCUGGAAUCAAAAGUUACAGACAGCCCGCAUAUUAGGGAGAUGAAUAGUAUUUUAAAGUACAUGCUGUCAGAAUGGUUCUCUGUGGGACUUCUGAACCUGGAAAGAGUUACUUGGCAUUCCCCCUGUGAGUUACUUCAGAAAAUCAGUGAGUAUGAAGCAGUGCAUCCAGUUAGGAACUGGGCCGAUAUUAAGCGCCGCGUUGGACCUAAUAGAAGAUGUUUUGUAUUUAUGCAUGGUGCUAUGCCUGGUGAACCUUUGGUGGUUUUACAUGUUGCCUUGACUGACCAUAUCUCUAGCAACAUACAGGACAUAGUCAGAGAGAUCUCCUCAAUGGACACGGAUGAAGAAGCUGAAAAGAUUGAUACAGCAAUAUUCUAUUCUAUUAGUUCAUCUCAGAAGGGACUGCAAGGAGUUGAACUUGGAAAUGUCCUCAUCAAACGUGUUCUUCGGGAAUUACAGGGAGAGUUUCCUCACAUGAAACAUUUCUCCAGUCUAUCACCUAUCCCAGGAUUUACCAGUUGGCUUCUUGGAGCCCUGUCUUCACAGGCAAAAGAAAUGAGUGGAAGUGACAUUUUCACAGAUGCAGAGUAUCAGGAGAUCUCAGAAAUUGUAGGCAGUCCACCCAUGGAAUCACUUAAACGUCUCUUCAGUAAUAAUGAAUGGGUUAGAUCUGAAAGACUUGUAAACAUUUUGGAAAAACCUCUUAUGAAGCUGUGUGCCUGGUACUUGUACAAAGAAAAGCAUCGUGGCUAUGCCCUUAAUCCAGUUGCAAACUUUCAUCUUCAAAAUGGUGCAGUGUUGUGGAGACUGAAUUGGAUGGCAGAUAAAAGCCCUCGCGGCAUCUCAAACUCUUGUGGAAUGAUGGUGAAUUAUCGAUAUUUUCCAGAAGACACAAGUAAUAACAGUGCACAGUAUUUAGCAACGAAGCACAUUGAAGCCUCUGAACAGAUUUUGAACUUUGUAUCCCAGUUUCAAAAAAAUAGCAAACUUUAGGUUAAAAUCAUGCCAAGUUUUCAGUGCACAUUAAAUUGUGACUGUUUUUCCAAGCUGUUUGUUGCAUACUGUGAACAUUGUCAAGUCAUAUAAUUUUUUUUUAAUUUUUAAACUGAAGCAUAUGGACUGUGAUCCUGUUGUAAUGUUGAACCAAAUAGCACCCACAGGUUAUUUGAUAUUUUGCUGCAAAUUCAUAUAGACAUUUUGUCUCUACAGGAAAUUGUGUGUUUGAAAACAGGGCUUUGCAGAUGUAUAUUUAAAGCUGUCCUGUUGCACUAGGGUAGAUAAGUUCAUCAUUUCAUCUCUUUUGUUUUAAAUGCAUUUUUUGCAGACUUUUAACAGUGAAGUAAUACCUAUGUACUAGUUCUGACGUAUUCUUUCCAGAAAUUCUCUUAAAGUGGAUCUGCUGAUUUUUGUCAUCAUGCUGUUUGGACAGAAUAGGUAACAGCACUCCUUAAGCACAUUACAUACCUUAUAUCAUA